GUUUAUAUGGGUAUGACGAGUACCGUUAAUUACCAAAAUGCAUUUUCAGAAGUUUUUAAGAAUCCUGAUGAUAGUAUCAGUCGUGAGGUAUUGGAAGCGUUAAAAAAAACUGGAGGAGUAAAUGUCGAGAGACAUGUUCAAAGCGCUGCUACCGAGUUCAAGAGAGAUAAUGAUAGACGUGUUCGUAAAGAUCGGGACAUUGCCAAUGUAAUUAAUUAUAAAGAUAUUAUUUCCGAAUAUUGUGAUUGGUUGGGUUCAAAUUUGAUGGAUGAUAUUGGGAUGAAG